UCUACGGACUUUGUCGGUAGGUGUAGAGUUGCGAAGGAUUUUGUUUAUCCGUUCCAAGUCGACUGGACGGAACUCGCGAUGCGGUAUGUUUGCUUGCUUUCCACUGCCGUGUCUGGGAACACAAGCCAUCUCACACCGGUGCUCCUUUCCCCUUUCCUUGCACAGCGCUGAUUCACUUCAACAUGGCGACGUACGCCAGAGACGGAGACCCGGGUUGCGAUGCCACAAACUGGAACCAAAAAGCCCCGAACGCCACCGGGCCCACAAAGGAUCCCUCCACCUUUGCACCCUCCCUCCUCAACACCACCCAGUGGUUCGAUUCCAUCACGGCGCUCGGGGCGAACAUUGCCGUCCUGACGGCCAAGCACGGCUGUGGUUUUUUGCUCUGGCCCACCACCGCCGUGCUGCCGGUCGGCGAUGCGGGCAACGCGACGGGCAGCGAAACCUUCGUCCCCUAUGGAUACCACACCCGCUUCGACCUCCUGCGGCAAUUCGUAGACUCCGCAAAGGCCAGCGGCRUCGGGUAYGGCUUUUACUACAGCAUCAUGAAAAACUUUUUCCUCUGCCGGUCGUUCGAGGGAGAGAAUUCGUGCGGGAAGGCCGUCCUGGACGGCCAGCACAACGUCAGCGACGCUUCCUACCACACCAUCGUGGAGCACCACCUGACCGAGCUCUACACGUCCUACGGGCCCCUCACCGAGGUCUGGAUCGAUAGCCGCCUGCAGGGCUUUGGCCCCCUCCUCGACCGGCUGCAGCCGACCGCGGCCGGGGUCCCCUCCCACCCCCGGCAGUGGUGCGGGACCGAGUCGGGAUACCCGUCGCGGGACGUCGGGCCCGGGCCGGUCUGGCAGACCGGAACCGGCUUUCGCGGAAACGCCUCGUCCGGCCGGUGGGUCGACAAGUUCUGCGACCCGCAGCUCUUCGAGGACCACAUCUGGUUCUACGAGCCCGGCCGGGCCAUCAAGCCGCUGGCGGAGAUGAUCGCGAUCUACCACGACGUCGUCGGUCGGGGGAUGGUCAUGGAGCUGGCCUUUGCCAUCGGCCGGGACGGGCUGGUCCAGGAAAGCCACGAGCGCGGCUACCGGGCCCUGGGGGACUGGGUCCGCGGCUGCUACGGGACACCGCUGUGGUCCGUUUCGGACCGGGUCCCCGAGCGGGACCGAGGCGUGUACACGCUGGAACUGCCGGUACCGGAAGACGCAUUUGGCGGCGGUUCCGACUACCUGGAUUGGCGCUCGGUGCUGUCCCUCUUCGAUCGGAUCGUGCUGCGGGAGGACGUUUCGGUGGGCCAGCGGAUACGGAACUACACCGUUGCGCUGGUGGGGCAGCACCACCACCACCGCCACCAUCGAUACCCGUUCGAGGAUUCCGAACCCGUGGAGCUUGCCACGCUAGUUUCCGACGGGACCUCCGUGGGACGAAAGCGGAUCCACCUCCUGGACCAGUCGAGRCAUUCCUUCCCCCGCGUGGGGUUCCGGGCGAGCAACGCGAGCAUACUGCUGACGGUCACCCACGCGAUCGCCCCGCCCCACAUCGCCCUGUUUGGUGUGUACAAGCCGUGUUACCCCCACAACGAGCCAGGCCGGUCCGAGCAAAGCUAAAGAUCCGGAUGAGACGAAACGACACGAAACGAAACCAAAUUGCCUGUGGACCUGCGAGUGGAUCUCGAUUGGUGUCUUUUCGUGCACAUUGCAAUGUU